AUGGCUCCUAAAUCAAAGGAGCGUUCUUUUGAAUUUCGAGAACUCGUUAUAAAACAUUUCCGAAAUGGUGAUUCGGAACAUGACAUAGCUAUAAAACUCCUUUGUUCACGAAAUACAAUUCAUUAUAUAAUUGCCAAAUACAAAAAAACAAAAUGUAUUGGUAAUAUAUUUGGUCGUGGUCGAAAACGAAAGACAACAGCACGUAUUGAUAAGACUAUCCAACGAAAAGUAAAAGUGGAUCGACGAAAAUUUGCAUCAUCUGUACGUCAAGAAAUUGAACAAGAACUUGGUUUAGUCAUAUCCAGUCAAACGGUUCGUCGUCGUCUUCAUGAAGCUGGUUUAUACGGUCGUACUGCUCGAAAAAAACCGUACGUAAACAAGGUAAACAGAGCUAAACGUUUGGCAUACGUGAAAAUGUACCGAGACAAGGACAUGGACUUCUGGAAACAUGUUUUAUGGUCUGAUGAAUCAAAAUUUAAUCUCUUUGGAUCGGAUGGAAAGGUUAUGGUAUGGCGGUCACCCAAAGAAGAAUAUGAUCCACGAUGCACAGUGUCAAAAGUGAAACAUGGAGGAGGAUCUGUGACAGUUUGGGGUGCUUUUGCUAGGAAUGGAGUUGGAAAUUUGUUUUUUAUUAACGGAAGAGAAAUGGUGUUUCAACAUGAUAAUGACCCCAAACAUACGUCUCGUAUUGUGAAAAAUUGGCUCGACAAAAAUGGUAUUAAACGUCUGGUUUGGCCGCCUUUCUCACCAGACCUGAAUCCAAUUGAACACCUUUGGGAUGAACUCGAACGUCGUAUGAAGAAACAUCAACCAAAAAAUGAAAACCAGCUUCGAGAUAUAUUACAAGUUGAAUGGCUUGAAAUUGGUCAAGAUGUAACAAAUAAAUUGGUUGAAUCAGUUCCAAGUCGUCUACACGAGUGUUUACGUAUGAAAGGAUAUCCAACUUGA